UUGGUGCACGGGCUCGAACCACCGGAUCGAGGUGGCCGCGGACUCGAAACAUGGACCGCUGGAGACGGCACAGUUUGGCCUCGGGACCUGCUGCCCAAGUACAUGCCGCAAGCCCGCGUUUUGUGCUUCCAAUACAAUGGCUUGAUCGGCCGGGCCGGGGCGAGAAGCGUGGUCAACAUCAGAAGUCUCGCAACCGCCCUCCUUUAUCACAUUGACCUUCACCGUUGUCAGCCAGUCGAGGCUUCGAGGCCGAUAAUCUUCGUGGGCCACAGCUUGGGUGGUGUCAUUAUCAAGCAGGCUUUCACCCUUGCUCACAACGAGAGCGGGAGAUAUAAGCACCUUGCAGAGGCCACUUGUGGUAUCAUGUUCUUUGCGACUCCUCAUCGCAGCGCAUUGGACGAAAAAGGGAGAGACUACGCGGAGCGUCUACUCAUUGCGGUAGGGACCUAUGGACUCAAAAGAAGGAUGAAGCAUGUUCCUUGGCCGAGGACGUCAGUAGUCGAACCAACCCCAAGGAUGCUCCAGGGCAUCCAACGUCAUAGCGGAAACCUCCUCACAUACAUAACCACAGACUUCUUGAAUAAGCUCGCCAAGACGGUCACAAUCGUCAAUUUCAUCGAAGAGAACGAGACGGAAUGGUUAAAGACCGCGGUCGUGAGCGACGAGGAAGCCGAUCUCGACCAGGAGCGGGCCGACUCCCAGUACCUGGCCGGAGAUCAUAUCGGCAUUUGCAAGUUCAGUGCCGGUGAAGACGAGCAUUUCAGAACAGUCCAUGAGAGCCUCAAGCGAAUGGCCGAGGAGCCGGAUGUCCAUGUCCAACAAAUCCGACAGGCUAUGGGCAGUACAGAGACCCGACAAUCUAGGGUCACUCCAAAUGAGCUACUGCGGUCUCUGUGCACCGACGACUUCCACAGAUAUUCCAGUAACAUUCAUCCAACGAAAGGGACCGGUCGAUGGAUCGAGGAGAAGCCUGCGUUUCAAGCCUUCCAACAGGGUGCCGAACCCAAACUUUGGAUUUACGGCGAGCCUGCCACGGGCAAGACCUAUCUCGCGAAACAUAUUACGAACAGCAUGCGCAUCCGCGGCAAUGUCCGAGUGCUCGAGUGCUUUCUGGACGUGCAAAAGCCUGCACGGAACAGCUGCGAGGCCAUCCUCCGCUCAACCAUCCACCAAGUAGCCAGAGGCAACCCUGCCCUCUCGGCCCGCAUUGGGACGGCUGCUUCGACGCUGGGUAGUCGGAAUUGGACGCUGGAGAGUUUGACGGAACUCUGGCCCCAGGUGAUGACGGAAGCAGUAGAACUCGGCGGCAACGUCGUCAUUGUCCUCGAUGGGUUCGAUGGAAUCCCGCCUAGGGACCAAGAGGUCUUCCUAGACUCGAUCGAACAAUACGAACAAAGAGUGUCAACUCGGUUUCGACCAAGUCUUCGCAUCCUCAUCCUAUCGCGCUGGUGCCCGACACUCGAUGCUCCAAAACGAGGUUUUACCGCCUAUCAAGUCCAAGAAUGCGAUACUAAAGCGGACAUUCGCACCACCGUGAAAAGGGAGCUAAGUCUCUUCGCGCAUCAUUGUCAGUACUCGGAGCAGUUCCAGGAGACUCUGUGCGAUGCCAUCGCCGAGGGCGCCAAGGGCAUUUACUUGUGGGCCACCGUGAUGAUUGCCGAUAUUGAGAUCUGGAUGCCAGGCGAAGACCAGUUACGAGCGCGGCUUCAGAGACUACCGCGGACUCUUGCCGAGCUGUAUGACUCAAUCCUGGGGAGCAUCUGCUCACGAGGAGAUGAAUACGCGAAGAUGGCAAAACGGGUUCUGCUCUGGGUCGUCUUCUCCCUAGACGUUGCACACCCCCUGACGCUCCAGGAGCUGAACGUCGGUAUUGCACUGGCGGGACUGUGGAGACCAGACUCAGACAGGCAGAUCACAAACGAGAUGGUCACGGCCCGUCUCAUUCGGUCAGGUAUUUUCAAGGCUGUUUUGUACCGCGUGUGCGGACAGCUGCUUCGGAUAUCAUCGCACAACCAUGUUGAGCCGGUCCACCGAACCCUGUCGCAGUAUCUGAAGGCAAAGCCGGAAUUCUUCGAACAAGAACAUCCGGAUUGGCUAGUGCCGCAUCAUAGGCACUUUCAUCUGCCGGAGCAUGAAUCACAUGCUGACCUGGGAGGCAUGUGCGUGGCAUACCUGACGAUGCCCUCGUUCGCAGCUUCUGGCGCAGAAUUCGUGGCAAGCGACAAGGGCAGAGCGGAGUGGGAGACUAAGCUCCAGGCGAGAAUUGACAACUACGAGCUUGUCCGGUAUUCGGCUCUGUGCUGGUUGAGACACCAUGCCUUAGCCAGAGACCACCAGAACACACGCGCCGCAGGCCAGCCCCAGCAGAACGCCAACACGUUGCGUGAUAUUAGCACUGACUUCGGUAUCAGCUGGCGCGAGCUAUGGUGGUAUGUUAUGAAGUGGCCAGAGUAUGACUUCCCUGGUCGCAGUAUCGACCUGGACCCCGUCAUUCUUGAAAGCUUGGAGCCGAAGGACUCUUUGAGACGGCAAACCUCCGAGCAAGAGGUAGUUGCACCAAGAAGAAGCGAUAAGAAACCAGCAGAGGAGCAAAUAGUAAAGCUGAUACCAGUAGAGCUGGAUUCGACAAAGCACGAUGCAGCAGACGAUGAGACAGCAGGGUUGGAAAGAGCAGAGGUGCAGGUGCCCCGGCCAGCGUCUGCCCAAUGGAAGGCAGGACCCCAGGAGUCAUCACCGAAGGACCUUGCAGAGCUGGAAAGAGGAGAGCUGAAGACGGCACCUGAGUUAGAGUCAGAACACGGGCGAACAAUAAUCCAACCGACACCACUCCAAACAGAGUCUCACGCAUUAGGAGACUCUGGGGGUUUAACGAGUAAAGGGGGAUCUCCGAGUUCCGGGAUUCUUGGAGGUGCAAGGACACCGGACAGCCUGAUCGUCGUCAAUGGCACCACUCCCAUCAAAACUAGACGCCAACGCUGGGGAACAUGUCGUUCCAGAAACUGCUGUUUGGUCAUGUAGCCGAGAGAGGCGGUAACAAGUCAGACUGUCUUUGGGUGUCUUUGUUUUGAGGCUUUGUGGAUGCUGGUGAUGGAUGGAAGUUUUAGUCUGGUUCCCUACCCGUACUGCGCUGAUGCCGGCAUGAUAUGUUGCUAUGGAAACCGCUUAGGGGUAUCUCCUAGAAGCCGAGUGAAUCACUACCUUAGCUCUUUGUUAUCACGAAUAGUGUGUCAAUACUAUGUACUCGGGUACAGGUUUAGGCCAAACAUGUUUC